CGACAGAUCAUGUUAGAUGGGUGUAUGGCACCCCAAUGGUGGAACAAACUCCCUCACGACGCCAGGACAGCGGAGUCAAUCACCACCUUCCGGAGACACCUGAAACCCCACCUCUUCAAGGAAUACCUAGGAUAGGAUAAAGCAAUCCUUCUGCCCCCCCCCCCCCCCCCCCCCCCCCCCCCCCUUAAAAGAUCUAGAUGCACUAUUGUAAAGUGGCUGUUCCACUGGAUGUCAUAAGGUGAAUGCACCAAUUUGUAAGUCGCUCUGGAUAAGAGCGUCUGCUAAAUGACUUAAAUGUAAAUGUAAAUGUAAUGUAUGAGCGCACACACAAAAAAACAUUGUUUACCAUUUAGGCUUAAACAAAUAAAGAUAAAGCAAAUAAAUGGCAUAAUAUAUUUUAGAAAUACUUUAAAUUAUUCUUUGUAUGAUAACUAGUAUAAAAUAUACCGAUACAUGUUUCAAUAAUUUUCGCCCUAAUUAUUCAUUUACAAAGAAUACAGGACAUGACUUUAAUUCUGAAGGAUUCCCCUCCCAAAAAACGUGACCCAGAAGUACUUAGUUAUUUUCCGCUUCACAUAGGUGGGGCUAUUUUGGUUUGUUUACAUAAAACGAACAUUAUACUCUUGUUAGCGGCUAACUAGCUAAUUUAUAGCUAGCCUCCUAGCAUGAUUGUGCCCUUCACUACUGUCGUAGCUACAUACAGUAGCUAACCAUUUAAAAGACGACCAGCUAGUUUUUACUAUUUGUAUCUACGCGCUUUACAUACUAUUAAGCCUUAUUUCUUAUAUCUAUCAGUCAUACAGUCCACUCGUCUAGUAUUGCUAGUUAACUAACAUCAACGGUAGCUAGCUAACCUUAUAACUAGUUAAGUUAACUAGCUAAUGUAUGACCGGGUUAUCGAUCCUUGGCCACAGCUCGGUUGUACUUUUUCUCAUGUUGCAUGUCAAACAUACCCAGGUAUACGAACGUUUAAUAUAUAAUAAGCCUAUUUAGCUAGCUUAUUAGCCUAGCCAGCUAAAUCAUUGACCCAUUAUUUAGCCAGUUUUGGAGAGCGUCCCGACCUUAUUCAUGACCCAGACAGUUGAAGCAAUGUGCUGGUAGCUAGUAACGUUAGUAUGCAGCCCAUUAUACACAGAAGAGAUGCCGAAGUGUGGCAUCAAACGAGAAGCCUGUUUUACAAGAAUCUACUCAUCAAAUGGAGGACAAAAAAACAAAGCCUGCGGGUGGUAAUUUGCUGCACCUUGUGCUUUGUCUGAUUUUAACAACAUUAGGAGUUGAUCCUGCCCCUGCUGCUGCUCUGCCUGCUGUUUUCUGCAUCCUGAACCUCCAUGUCUACUAUGGAGGUAUCAGUACUAUGGAGCUGGACACGGUGCACUUCUCCGUCCUCAACGUCCAGGGAUACACCCCCGCCAACAAUGCCACCAAUCACAUCAUGGAGCAGGUGGCCCAGGAAAUGAACAUGCCGGGCCGUCUGGAGAGUUUCUCUAGUGAAGAGGAUCUGGAGAAUGCCAGUCUGUAUGAGCCAUCAGGCUACGUCGGGGUGGUCUUCAUAGGAAGCAUACCCACCUCUUACAGACUGCGCUUCCCUCACGACCGGCUGCCCAUGCCCACCUCUUACAGACUGCACUUCCCUCACGACCGGCUGCCCAUACCCACCUCUUACAGACUGCACUUCCCUCACGACCGGCUGCCCAUGCCCACCUCUUACAGACUGCACUUCCCUCACCACCGGCUGCCCAUACCCACCUCUUACAGACUGCACCUCCCUCACGACCGGCUGCCCAUACCCACCUCUUACAGACUGCACUUCCCUCACCACCGGCUGCCCAUACCCACCUCUUACAGACUGCACUUCCCUCACCACCGGCUGCCCAUACCCACCUCUUACAGACUGCACUUCCCUCACCACCGGCUGCCCAGACCCACCUCUUACAGACUGCACUUCCCUCAUGACCGGCUGCCCAUACCCACCUCUUACAGACUGCGCUUCCCUCACCACCUCUUACAGACUGCGCUUCCCUCACCACCUCUUACAGACUGCACUUCCCUCACCACCUCUUACAGACUGCACUUCCCUCACCACCUCUUACAGACUGCACUUCCCUCACCACCUCUUACAGACUGCACUUCCCUCACCACCUCUUACAGACUGCACUUCCCUCACCACCGGCUGCCCAUACCCACCUCUUACAGACUGUACUUCCCUCACCACCGGCUGCCCAUACCCACCUCUUACAGACUGCACUUCCCUCACGACCGGCUGCCCAUACCCACCUCUUACAGACUGCGCUUCCCUCACGACCGGCUGCCCAUACCCACCUCUUACAGACUGCGCUUCCCUCACGACCGGCUGCCCAUACCCACCUCUUACAGACUGCACUUCCCUCACCACCGGCUGCCCAUACCCACCUCUUACAGACUGCGCUUCCCUCACGACCGGCUGCCCAUACCCACCUCUUACAGACUGCACUUCCCUCACCACCUCUUACAGACUGCGCUUCCCUCACCACCUCUUACAGACUGCACUUCCCUCACCACCGGCUGCCCAUACCCACCUCUUACAGACUGCACUUCCCUCACGACCGGCUGCCCAUACCCACCUCUUACAGACUGCACUUCCCUCACGACCGGCUGCCCAUACCCACCUCUUACAGACUGCGCUUCCCUCACGACCGGCUGCCCAUGCCCACCUCUUACAGACUGCGCUUCCCUCACCACCUCUUACAGACUGCACUUCCCUCACCACCGGCUGCCCAUACCCACCUCUUACAGACUGCACUUCCCUCACGACCGGCUGCCCAUACCCACCUCUUACAGACUGCGCUUCCCUCACCACCUCUUACAGACUGCACUUCCCUCAUGACCGGCUGCCCAUACCCACCUCUUACAGACUGCACUUCCCUCACCACCGGCUGCCCAUACCCACCUCUUACAGACUGCACUUCCCUCACCACCUCUUACAGACUGCACUUCCCUCACGACCAGCUGCCCAUACCCACCUCUUACAGACUGCGCUUCCCUCACGACCGGCUGCCCAUGCCCAGCAACUACACUCAGAACGUCGGUAAGAGAUUAUUUACAUAUUGGUGUAGGCGAAAUAAAGAUCUUGUUUUUUGAGGAA